CUGGAAGCAUGCGUUUGUUGUGAGAACGUGUUACGAAAAAAUUUGAAAUGUCGUAUCGUGGAGGUGGGCGAGGGUUUGGAGGCGGAGGGGGUAGGGGAAGAGGAGGAGGUAGAGGAGGAAGAGGGGGUAGUUUUAGAGGAGGUCGUGGAGGAGGAGGUCGUGGAGGAGGAGGUCGUGGAGGGUAUAAUAAUUACAAUCAAGGUCCUCCUGAUUAUGUUGUUGAAAUUGGUAACUUUGCUCAUCCGUGCCAGGAUGAGUUGGUGUGCAAGGGAACCAAUGAGAAGAUACCUUACUUCAAUGCACCAAUAUAUUUGGAAAACAAGUCACAGAUUGGCAAAGUUGAUGAAAUAUUUGGUCAUUUGAUGGAUUAUUAUUUUUCUGUCAAGCUCUCUGGAGAUAUGAAGGCUAAUUCUUUUAACAAAGGUGAAAAGUUUUUUAUUGAUCCUAUGAAGUUACUGCCUUUGCAACGGUUUCUACCAGCACCUAAAGGCGGGGGACGUGUCCAAAAAAGAGGAGGUGGAAGAGGAGGCCGUGGCGGUAGAGGAGGGGGUAGAGGUGGAUUCCGAGGAGGAAGAGGGGGUGGCGGUGGAUUCCGUGGUGGUGGAGGUGGUUUUCGUGGUGGUGGAGGUGGUUUCCGUGGUGGUAAAGGAGGUGGUGGUUUCCGUGGAAAUGGUAGAGGCGGAGGAGGUGGAUUCAGGGGAGGAAGGUACUGAUCAGAUAAUAUUGAGAAACCACAUUAGAAAAAUAUUCCUUGAGGCCAUGCGGAAAUGGAUACUUACAGGAUCUUGAUUUCAACAGGGCGCCCUCUAUAGUUGUAUUGACAACAUGCAUACUGCAUUUUCAACACAGUAGUUGCCAAGCUUUUAUGUAGUUGUUGCCUAUAUCCCGAGGCAUAGAGGGCGCCACCAUUAUAGACAUCAUUCCAACCAGCUGUAGUGAAUCAUGAACAAACUUAUGGACUUUUUAAUAGAUCACAGCCACGAAGUGCUAUAUUUAGGCAGGUGUGGACAUGAAUUGAAGAUUUGAGCAAGACCUGUCGGAUGUGAAUAUCCAUGGCAGCAAAUGUGUAUUAUAUACUGUAUUGUCAAUAAAUGUUACAGAAUGCUAAAGAUUUCUACAUUUUGUAGUCACCUCUUCUACCACAUAAUGUAUUAAAAUGUGCCUACUGUACAUUUUCAAGCUAAACUAGCAAGCAGUAAGGCAGUGAUGUUGGGGUGGAGGCAGUACUACUCAGAUAUAGGUUUUCAAGCAUCUUAUAACUUGAGGAUAUAAUUUGGGCAUCGAAGCAUGAGGAGGGAUGGGAGGGGGUUGAAUUUUAUGCCACCAAUUACCAGCUCUCUUCAACUAUGUGUAUAUUAUGUUUGAAACUUGUAGAAUGCAGAUGUCUCACUAAAUACAUUUUGUGUGUGGUGAAUAUUGAUGCAUUACUAGUAGUCCCUGCCCCCUUCUCCUCCCCACCCCAACAUGUAGCUGGGUAACUUGAACAUGUGUAUAGUUUCUGCUAAUUUCAAAUAACCAGCUUCAUAAUUGGAAGUCAUUAGACUAUUCUGUGGAAAGGGAUUGCAAAUGUAAAAAAAAAAACUAUAUUGAAAUUAUUCUAUGCUUAUUAUUUUUAUUCAUAUGAAUGUUCAGCAUUCUCCUACAACUGUUUAAAUUUAAUGAGAACAAAUUGUUUAAGGUACAGUAUUCAGUUUACUUAAUGAAGAAUGAAGGAAUAGUUUCUAUAUAUCUGGCAGGCAAUGUGUAGAGUAGGCCUAUAUAACUCCAAGAGGUCCGACUAGUGAUUUCGUUGGAACGUAAUCCAAUUUCAAAAAGUACUGCUACAAAGGGGUGUGUCUUUAAAUUACUAGUUUCGAGCGAACUCUAUUCAAAUUUUAAUAGGGCGCCUCCUCCGGGCAGUAUUUUUUUAAUGCUUCAUUGCGUGUGCAUACAAAAUCAAGUUUCUUAAGUUUCAGUCUUGAAUUGAAUAUGCAAAUUAUGACCUUUGUUAAGACAUUAAAACUUCGAUUGCAGAAGCAUAAAUAUCUGCAGAUAUUAAGAAAAUGAAAUAUUGUACCAAUCAUGUUUUUUUAAAUAAAUGAAGAAAUUGGAAGACAUUUCAAGGUUUUUAUUGGAA